AUGGGACAGGCGCCCUCUAGCUAUACUGAAGGUGCAGAGAGAGACGACUUGAGGAAGAAUUUCCUCAAGACGCAUCGUCCCGAGCAAGAAGCCAAAUGGAUUCUGGACAGAUCUGAAGUGGGUGCGGCUUUGAUGUAUCAAGCUGACGAAAUCAUGAAAUUGAAAGGGAUGUCGUGUGAUGAAAUCUAUGAAGGAAAUAAAAGAAACGACUUUCAAAGGACUGACAGUGGACUUCUUCUUGGUACCACGUCGUCUGUAGUCUCCAAUAUUUUCUCAGAUACAACGACAGCUACUGACACAACACUGCCGACAAAAAAUAAUAUCAAGAGAUACCACCCUCGGGCAAACAGCACAAAUGAAAUGAAUCCCUAUGGAGACGAACGCGACGAAGAUGAUUUAGUUAUUAUGCCAAUGUCAGAUAUGUUGUCACCGUCAAGCAGCAAACUCCCACAAUUACCUACUGCUGAAAGAACAGAUGGCAUUUUCAACAUAUAUUCCAAACUCGUCAGCGCCUGUGCUCAGCCAAAGGAAGAGUGGCAGCUGAGGCGAGAAGAGCUAAUGACUGUACUACACCUCAGAAUGAAAGCUUAUCUUGGGCGAUACUUUCUCGAUCGCUUUUUGCCAAUGUUUCCGAGUUUUGGAUCGACUCUUGUUGAACCAUCUCGUCCGCGGCAACAUGACCCAGAAGAUACGGAUGCUUCGGACGGACUCACUUUCAAUGCAUUUGAGCCAGCAUCUCCCUUGAAUUAUAUAUAUCAUUCAAUACCCAAUUCACCAUUCAUGGAUCUCGGGUUUACGGGGAGCUUGAAUUUGGUUUCUCGUUCAACCACGCCUUCGAGGGCAUUCCUAACGGAACACCAAAAGAACCCAAGUCACUACAUUGUUCUUGUGAAUCGAAGGUCGGGUGUCCCCAUUGCCGUAUGCGCAAGGAAAAUGGGGUCAGGCAAACCACCAGUAGUUCGAAUCUAUGCAACAAGGCGUCGGGUAUUUGGGCAACUGGCUGCAGCGUCAACAGAAAAACUUGGAUUAGAUUGGAGUGAAAACUUACCGUUGUACCCAUGGGCGGAAAUUGUGACAGAAACAAUGUACCCGAACCCGUUGACUUUCUCCAUUUAUAUGUCGGCAGGAUCAGAUGGGAGAUUUGCUGCAAAACCGAGCUACGAGGCUCACCUUGCCAUCGACCCAGAGCCUGUUGUCAAGCUAUCCGGAAAGACUGAUGCAGAAAGGCAACCAUCUGGAAGUGCGUUGAUUUCAUUGCGGAUCGUAGAUGGGGAAAAUGGAAGGAGCAAGGUUCAGUUCAGUAUUGAUGUAGCUCAAGGAAUCGACCCUGCACUAGUGCUGUGCUUUGCAGCAGUCUUGGACGAGAUAUUGGAGGUAUCAAUGUUCUUACAAUGCCAAGCCCGUUCAGCUCAUUAG